AUGUUUUAUAUACCAUAUAAUCUGCUUGGAAUUGUUUUUAUUGUUUCAACAAAUGGAGCAAAAUAUGAUGAGGUUUCUAACACAAAUCUUUCAUCAGUUAUCAUAUAACAUUUCACUGUAAUGCAAGAUUUCUCACCAAAAAACUUCUUUGUUGACAUAGGACUAAAUCGUCCUUUUUUUUUAUUGAACUUAUUAUUAUUUUUAAAGGAAUUGUUUCUAAAUCUUGCUUUAUUGUCAUCAACAUAUCUUAAUGAACCUUGUCCAAAAUUUUUUGAGAUGUUGCUUGAUAUAUUUUCAUUAGCUGUAAUAUUAUUAUUAGAAUACUUAGGAUUUAUAUUGGCCUUAAAUGAAUCAGUUCAAGGAAAAACUUUAAAUGUUGAAUGCACACAAAGCCCCAUAAUAGCAAAUAUUGUACAAAUGCUUAAUGAAUUUGAUGAAUGGAUAACACAAAUACCUCCUACUGAACAGCCCCAACGUUUUGGUAAUAAAUCAUUUAGAGUAUGGCAUGAAAAGUUACAACAGAAUGGAAUAAUGGAAUUACAAAAAGUGUUGCCAGAAAAAUUGCACAGAGCAGUUCCAGAGAUAGUUCAAUAUUUAUACGAAAGUUUUGGCAAUCCAACACGUAUAGAUUAUGGUACUGGACAUGAAAUGGCAUUUUUAAUGUUUUUAUGUUGUAUGUUUAAAAUUGGCGCUUUCACACAGGAUGAUAAAGUUGCUGUAGUUGUAAAAAUAUUUAACAGAUAUCUGGAAUUAGUACGUAGAUUACAACUAACUUAUCGGAUGGAACCAGCAGGUAGUCAUGGUGUGUGGAGCUUAGAUGACUAUCAGUUUGUCCCAUUUAUAUGGGGGAGUGCUCAAUUAAUUGGUAUCGGGCAUUCUCGUAUAGAACCUCGUCAUUUCGUUGAACCAGAUAUCGUUCAAGCUUUUAGCAAGCAAUAUAUGUUUCUUGGUUGUAUUGAAUUUAUUUCAAAGGUAAAGAUAGGUCCAUUUGCUGAACAUUCAAAUCAGUUAUGGAAUGUUAGUGCAGUAUCUUCAUGGGUCAAAGUAAACAGUGGCCUUAUCAAAAUGUACAGAGCCGAGGUUUUAGCAAAAUUUCCUGUUAUCCAACAUGUUUUUUUUGGUUCUUUACUGUCAAUAAAACCGGCGUCUAUUCCUCCUGUUAAAAAACAAUAUCGAGAUCAAUCCCUACAACCACCACCGACUCAGUAAUAUUUUCCAAAUAUAUUCAUAUUUGUUGUAACAAACAUUUAAUAUUUAUAAUGAAAAUUCUACAUUGUAAUUCUGUACUAAGUACUAAGUUUAAAUUAACUUCUUGCAAAUAAUUGUAUUAUGUUGUUUUUAUCCUAUUGUAUCAAUUUGUAAUUGUUAUAUCAAUUUUUUCGUUGUUAAAUUGUAAAGUACAUGCAUUUUAAGUAUAAAAUUUAAUGCAACAUGUGAGCCACAUUAGGUAGUAAUGUAUUACUACAUUUAAUAAUCAUUUAAGAUAAUUUAGAAAAUAGCUAUUAUACUAUUUAUUGUAAAUAAAAUUAAUCAUUAAGACAUAUAACGAACAUUAAUGCAACAUGAGUACUUAAUACAUUAUUUUUACUCACCUAGAUAAUAACGAUUUAUUUGUAUAAACAGAUCUAAUCAAUGUCCUCUUACAUAA